AUGGCAGAAAACUGUUGGGAGUCAGCUAUUCAGACAAAGCCCCCUCUUCCACUUCCCGACCCAGGGAAACAAGAACCCAGGGUGACUCUUCACAGGCAGCGAGCUCCUCACCUGGGCCAGCGCCAGACCACACUCCAGCUCUGCAGACAAGGCCGCUCCACGCUGGCCGAUCCUGAGCCGAAUUCAGCCCACGUGAAGUCACACUUAGAGAUUCCCUCUCAGGGCGAACUUAGCAGCGAGAGCUCAGACAUGAGGCCCCCUGGGCCACAAACAUCCCUCCUUGCCGGGGGUGCCUGCACUAACGUCCUGGAGGGUGAGUCCAUGGACCAGGAUGUUGAGAGCCCUGUGGCCAUUCACCAGCCAAAGUUGCCUAAGCAGGCCAGGGACGACCUGCCAAGACACAUCAGCCGAGACCGGACCAAAAGGAAAAUCCAGAGGUACGUGCGGAAAGAUGGAAAGUGCAACGUCCACCAUGGCAACGUGAGGGAGACCUAUCGCUACCUGACCGAUAUCUUCACCACCUUAGUAGACCUCAAGUGGAGAUUCAACCUGUUGAUUUUCGUCAUGGUUUACACAGUGACGUGGCUCUUUUUUGGAAUGAUCUGGUGGCUAAUUGCAUACAUCCGAGGAGACAUGGACCACAUAGAGGACCCUUCAUGGACUCCUUGCGUCACCAACCUCAAUGGGUUCGUCUCUGCUUUUUUAUUCUCCAUAGAGACAGAAACCACCAUUGGUUAUGGCUACCGGGUCAUCACGGACAAGUGCCCAGAGGGAAUUAUUCUCCUCUUAAUCCAAUCUGUUUUGGGGUCCAUUGUCAAUGCAUUCAUGGUGGGAUGCAUGUUUGUAAAAAUAUCGCAACCCAAGAAGAGGGCAGAGACCCUGGUUUUUUCCACCCAUGCGGUGAUCUCCAUGAGGGAUGGGAAACUGUGCCUGAUGUUUCGCGUGGGGGAUCUGAGGAAUUCCCACAUCGUGGAGGCUUCCAUCAGAGCUAAGUUGAUCAAAUCCAAACAGACCUCAGAGGGGGAGUUCAUCCCCUUGAACCAGACAGAUAUCAACGUAGGGUAUUACACCGGCGAUGACCGUCUCUUUCUGGUGUCACCACUCAUCAUUAGCCACGAAAUUAACCAACAGAGUCCUUUCUGGGAGAUCUCCAAAGCCCAGCUGCCCAAAGAGGAACUGGAAAUUGUGGUCAUCCUAGAAGGCAUGGUGGAAGCUACAGGGAUGACGUGCCAAGCUCGAAGCUCCUACAUCACUAGUGAGAUCCUCUGGGGGUACCGGUUCACCCCUGUCCUGACGCUGGAGGACGGGUUCUACGAAGUUGACUACAACAGCUUCCACGAGACCUACGAGACCAGCACCCCAUCUCUCAGUGCCAAAGAGCUGGCCGAGUUAGCCAGCAGGGCUGAGCUGCCCCUGAGCUGGUCCGUCUCCAGCAAACUCAACCAACAUGCAGAACCGGAGACUGAGGAGGAAGAAAAGAACCCUGAGGAACAGGCGGAGAGGAAUGGUGAUGUGGCGAAUCUGGAGAACGAGUCCAAAGUUUAG